CUGGGGGGUCCCAGAGCUGUGAGGUGUCAGGACUCAGGGCUGGGGAGGAGAGCUCAGGAUGGGAGUGGGGAUGGUGGCCAUCGAGGUGAUGUUCAGGUGGGACUGUGGGCUGCCUGGGUGUGCUCUGCUGUGAUGGAUGUACAGGAUUAUGUGAGGAUGGAUGUACGUACAGGGGAAGGUGUAACCGCUACUUGGAUGAGGAGAAAGUGGUUUGGGUGCAAACAUCCAAGCAUAAGGAGAUUCGUGUUGCUUAAAUGUGUUUCAACUGUGAAGGCAAACUGUCAGUUCAGCUGUUUUGUGGGAAAAGUGUAAAAGUGAGCAGGCAUCGGAGGGAGGAGCAGAUUCACCCCUGAGGCAGCAUCUCCUGGCCCUGGUGCUGGCACAGUAGGACUGGAGCCAUGCAGGCAGUGGGGGUGGUGGGUCAUGUCAUGCUCCCAACAAGAUCAGCCCUGCUAAACCCUCCUGCACUGACCUGCCCCCCCAGCAGCAUCCCCUGCAUACUAUGUUGGGGCAAUGCACGCGUUGCCUCUUUGCAGCAUCCCUCUCAUGUUUCUUUCUUUACCUGUAGAAAUCUGCCCCUUCCUGAGAGGUGCUCAGGAAAUUCCCUGCACGCCCCCUGCCCUCUAAUCCCUUUAUGGUGUUUGUGCUGGGCUCCCCCACUCUGAAACUGCUCUUUGCCUUCACUCUAAUCUCCCCAUCAAACACUUUGGGCAGGGGACAGCACGGCACGUGCUCUGCAGAGCGGAUGGACCCCGACCGGAUGGAGGGAAUGCUCUGCCCUGGGGCUGCAGGCCACGUUCUGGGGGUUCUCUCAUAGCAAUCAGUGACCAGGACAAAGCACCUGAUUCCUGGAGGGUAAUUGUGGAUAAAGCUCCAAUUCUCCAUCCUGAAGCUCAGUGCUGUGCUGUGACUGGGGGGAAUCAACCAGCAGACAGAACUGCGGCCCCAGGAGCCCACAGCCUCCUUGUGCUGGGGAAGGUUUGAGCAGUGAGAGCUCCCUUGUCCAAAGUCACCCUGGUUUGCACGCCUUUAACUCAUUCUUGAUGAAGCGUGUCGUGUUCCUGGUGUUCUUUCAACGUGGAAAAUUUGCUAAGGCUUCAAUAAUACCUUUGGUGUAUCUUGGCAAGGCCUGGAAAUGCCUGCGCUGAUAAAGCCUCAAAGUCAGGGAGAUAACACCUGGAAGCAUUUCAGCCUUGGGCUGAGCUAUGGGGGGUGUAGGCUGCAGCCUCAUACCCAAACCCAGCGCUGGGAAGGUGGAACUCAGCGUGGAGCUGGAGCUCACCCUGAGUAUUGCAACCACUUUGAGGAGCAACAGCUCAUCCAGCGCCCAGCUCUGCUCCUCCUGCAGCCCCCAAACAGCCUCCAGAGGUUUAAUCUGCGGCCAUUUGCAGACACAAGGACAUCUCCACUGCUGCCUCUGCUGCUCCGUCCCGCUGACCUUGGCUGGGUGACGCAUCCCUGGCGCUGGUUAAUGUUUGCUGUGCCUGUCGCGGGCAGGAGACCACUGUUUGCAAAGAGCUCGUCACCUGCAGGGGGAAAUGUGGUUCCAGAGGCUCAAGGAUCCAGGUUGGAACGGUGUACCAUAGAGUUUAUACUAAGGAAAUGGCUGGAAUUAGACUGUGGUGAGAUAACAUGGAUGCAAAGUGGACAGCAAGAACCAAACAACCGGGUGUUCAGUGCUGUAUGGCAGCAAUACCUCACAGAAAGCCCUAACAGGCUUCUGAUGCUAAUUAACAACAUGGCAUGAGAUACAUGGUGAGCUGCCCCGCUGGUGGUGCUUGGGGCAGGGAUGGGACCCCACGCUUGCAGGCUGGAGCCACCCCGUUGCCCUAAAGCAGCCAUAAACAUGCCCUGUUUGCUGGGCUUUGACCGGGUAAGGGAUUAACUGCUGUUUGUUCUGUCUUCCCUCUUGGGGUAUUUUGGUGCUCGGAACUUCCAGCUCUCCAAAAAUAAGUUUCCCUCCCUGGACAUCAUUGCUACCGCUCAGUAGUGCAGCCUGCACUCUGUGCUGCUCCUCCACCUUUUUGAGCCCGCUGUGUAUGCACACGUGGGGUGUAUCUGGAUGCAUUCAAGAGGAAAACUCAGAGCUUUUGCAGGAUGUUGAGUGAGAAGCCAAAGCAAUGCGGAUCUCAACUAAGCCCUGGCAAAACUCAGCUCACAUGAAGGCGUCGAUCCUGCCAAGAGACCCAUUCCGUACUGCAGGGCUCAUGCUCAGCACCGGCCACCCCUGGGGCUGUUUUGUGAUGUUAUCCCAGGGCUGAAGCUGUGGACUCUCCAUCCUCUCCCCUUGGAAGCUCAGUGCCAGCCUGGAGGACAGGGACACAACCAGCCAUGCAGGAACACCUCUGGGCACCCCCAGGUGCACAUUUCCUCCUGGGCUGCCUCCCUGCUCCCAGCCAAGAACGAGGAAAUGCUGAGCCCUGCAGACACGUUUAUGGACACAUCCCCAAAACACCCCAGGGAGGGGGGCUGGCUGCCUGGAGCUGCGUGCUUUGAGGGUCUCCUACAAAAGGAGCCUCUGAACGACCUCUGGUGUGAAGGGGACACACAGGGGAGCCCCACAGCCAUUGCCACCGCUGCUCAGCUGCCCUUGGGCAUAUCCUGGGUGCUGCCCUCCUCCCAGUUGACGUCCAGGUGCCACUGAUGUCACAGCCCAAGGACCCAAAUUGCUAAUUAUGUCCUGCCUCCGUGCCAGUCAAUCUCAUUUCCUGGUGCUUGUGCAACCUCUGAUGCUUUUGUCUUUGUUCCUGGUUGUUGAUCUGCCUGCGGGAGCAAAACACCUCCAGAAGAAAAGCAGAGCUGUGGGUGGCUGCAGGGGGCUCUGCUGCCUCAAUGGCACGGAGAUGGUUCGUUGUUUGGCACUAAAGUGCUCAUGGGGGCCGUCGUCAUGUCGGUGUCACACAGCUCCAGGCUGAACAAGCUGGUGCGGGAGCAGUACAUGAGGCUGCCCCAGGGAGGGCUGGUGCAGGUCACCUACGUGUGGAUCGACGGCAGCGGGGAGGGAGUGCGCUGCAAGAGCAGGACACUCGAUAAGGAGCCCAAGAGCAUUGAAGAUGUGCCCGAGUGGAAUUUCGAUGGCUCCAGCACAGCGCAGGCAGAGGGCUCCAACAGUGACAUGUUCCUGGUGCCCGUCUGUAUGUUCAGGGACCCCUUCUGCCUGGACCCCAACAAGCUGGUGCUGUGCGAAGUGCUGAAGUACAACAGGAAACCUGCAGAGACCAACCUGAGGCACACCUGCAAGAAGGUGAUGGAUCUGGUGAAGGACAGCCACCCCUGGUUUGGGAUGGAGCAGGAAUACACACUGCUGGGUGUCAACGGCCACCCCUAUGGCUGGCCUGACAACGGCUUCCCUGGCCCACAGGGCCCUUAUUACUGCGGGGUUGGAGCAGAUAAAGUGUAUGGACGUGACAUCGUGGAGUCCCACUACAAGGCUUGUCUCUAUGCGGGUGUGAAGAUCUGCGGCACCAACGCUGAGGUGAUGCCCUCCCAGUGGGAAUUCCAGGUAGGCCCAUGUGAGGGCAUCGAGAUGGGUGACCACCUCUGGAUGGCACGCUUCAUCCUCCACCGUGUCUGCGAGGACUUUGGGGUCGUGGCCACUCUGGACCCCAAACCGAUGACCGGCAACUGGAACGGGGCCGGGUGCCACACCAACUACAGCACCGAGGAGAUGCGGAAGGAGGGAGGCCUCAAACACAUUGAAGCCGCCAUCGAGAAGCUGAGCAAGAGGCACGACUACCACAUCUGCGUCUAUGACCCGCGGGGCGGCAGGGACAACUCCCGGCGACUCACCGGCCACCACGAGACCUCCAACAUCUUUGAGUUCUCUGCUGGCGUGGCCAACCGUGGAGCCAGCAUCCGCAUCCCACGCCAGGUGGGCCAGGACGGCUUUGGCUACUUUGAAGACCGGCGGCCAGCGGCCAACUGCGACCCCUACGCGGUCACUGAGGCCAUCAUGAGGACCACGGUGCUCAACGAGACUGGGGUGGAGACCAAGGAGUACGCUGAGCACUGAGGCCAUGGGAUGGGUGAGGGUGUUCAUGCUGACAUGAAUGGUGCCCGUGCUCUCAGCUGAGCUCAGACUCUUUAGGAACCUCGCUUCUGGUUUUGUGAAAUGUUGCCUUAGAAAUCGUAUCUAUUUUACAGCAGGAGGGAGGGGCCCAACCUAUUUUCUCAACCACUGUUUCUGGUUCCUGGUUUUAGGUCACGCCUGGGGAGGUGUUUUAAAAGAAUUGGGGUUGAAUUUUUUUCCCUCUGAUGGACUCUACACUGUGCUGUACACAGAUACCUACACGGAAGCUGCAGCUGCUGCUGUUUGCACCUGGGCAGGGCGUGUGCUUUUAUUUUUUUCCAGUGUCUCUGUUGCAAGGAAAUUAUAAUAAAGAGUUAUCCUGGCUGCGUGGCAGCCGUGCUGUCCUGCCACAGGGGCAUCUCUCUGUAUCUCCAAGAGCUCCGUGCAGGAUUUAAUUUGGGUCUUGCUGCUGCUGGGACCAGCCAGUGCAGGAGCUGAGGUGCUGGAGGAGCCCAGGGCUGGUUUUAGCUGCUGCAGGGGCUGUGCUGCCCCAUUUGCCGCAUCCAAAAGCUCAUCUCCCUCCAUCGUGAUCCCCACAAGGCAAACAGAGCAGCACAGCCUGAGCAAACAGCGGCCGGGGCAGCAGCUGGCCGGUGUUUACACGGAGCUGCUGAGUCAGCACUGCACACAGCAGGUGGGGGGCAGCCCUUAGGAACACUUGGGGGUGAGCGAUGGAGCUGAAUGAUGCCCCCACUGCACCCUCAGGGUGAUGGUCCUCUGCAGCUCGAGGGAUGCUCUGCUCGUCCCUAGGGAUGCAGUGCUGGUGUCUCUGGUCCUGGAGGGCCAUGAAUUUCUGAGUAAAGCCCUUUGGUGUCACUGGCAGCCAGGAGCCCUUGGUGUCUUUGAGCCAUUCAGUAAAUUCAUCCUGCUCCCCACACUAACAGGGACACGUUUGCCUCCCAGAAAUUACCAUUCAGAAUUUCUAAUGCUCUUCAUCCAAAGCACAACUCUGUCUUGUUUUCCUCUCA